CCGCGUUUCACUUCCCUGUAGGUACCCCUCCACUCUCUCUCACUCUGUAUGUAUAUAUAUAAUAAGUUUAUUUGUCCGCUUCUGUGAUUUAAAGCUUUAAACUUUGGUUGUUUCAUUGCUUUUUUAACGAUGAUUUAAGUGAAGGUCAGUGCUCUUUGCGCGUGUCCCGUUCUCUUCUCCAGUCCUCCACAGAUAUCCUAUUUAUCCUACUUUGAAAGUGAUUUCUUUAUUUUUUUGCGUCUUUAAGUCUAUACUUUGUGUAACUAAAUGGAGGUCAAGCUAUGGAACGACAAGCGCGAGAGAGAAAUGUAUGAUAAUUUUGCUGAGCUAUAUGCCAUAAUCAAAGCCACGGAGAAGCUUGAAAAGGGUUAUGUUCGUGACAUUAUAUCCUCAUCUCAAUAUGAAACUGAGUGCCAGAAACUCAUUGCCCAUUUCAAAACUUUGGCUUCCACUUUUAAAGAGACAGUCCCUAGCAUUGAGCGCUUUGCAGAUACUUACAAGAUGGACUGCCCAGCUGCAAUUAACAGGCUUGUGACCUCGGGGGUGCCUGCAACGGUGGAACACCGUGCUGCUGCAGCUGCCUCAUCUACCACCUCAGCUGCCGUUGUGGCAGAGUGUGUUCAGAACUUCAUCACAGCUAUGGAUUCGCUGAAGUUGAAUAUGGUGGCAGUGGACCAGGUGCAUCCUUUGCUUUCAGAUCUCUCAGCUUCACUGAACAAGUUGAGUAUUUUGCCACCUGACUUUGAGGGCAAGACAAAGAUGAAAGAAUGGAUUUUGAGGUUGUCUAAGAUGGGGGCAGCAGAUGAGUUGACAGAGCAGCAAGCUCGGCAACUUCACUUUGAUUUGGAGUCCUCGUACAAUUCAUUUAUGGCAGCUUUGCCUAGUGCUGGCACUUGAUUGAUAUGAGUACUUGUAUAUUACUAAGCAGGUUCAUUUGGUUUGGGUUAUGCAAUAUAUAGUAUCCUAUCUACUACUGCCGUGGCAUAGCAGAAUCUUGCGUGAUGAUGGAGCAGAAGAAAUACUAAUUUUGUAACUGCUUAUACCUUUGAACGGUUUGCGAGCUGGAGAAUGGUAUUCUGUGCCCAUUUUAAGGGGGUAUUUGUUGUCAUAUAUGAAAAAUUGGUUUGUACUUAA